ACUAGAAAGAGAGGUAGAGAGUGACGCAAGGGUGAGCCAACAUUUGAGCGAGGCAACUCCCGAUAUACCUCCGUAACGCGUACCUGGACUUUAACUCACGAAAUAAAAAAUAAAAGGAGUCAUGCGAUACUGAUCUACUUCUGCGUUCCGAAAGAUUUUAUACCUUCGUGUGAGACCUCUCUGUAUCAAACAAGACUUCCCACUUCUUUUUUUUAAUUCAUUUUACCCUGUUGGCGCUUUGAAGUGUAUUGCAAUAGAUUAUUAGUGCAGCAACAGUGUUGAAUCGGCAUAUCUCAAAGGGUGUCAGAGAGAGAGACUCAAACCGCUUUCCCAGAGAGUUGGAGGACGACUUCUUCCUCCUCCUCCUCCUCCUUCAGGCACAAGGAAGAAUCAUGGGCCAGUUACUGCAUCCUUCGGACUUCGUGCUGACGGUGGCCAUGCUGGUGGUGCUGCUGGGCGCGGAGGGCGGCCUUACUUCCAGGUUGCCUCGGGCGGAACUCCUGCAACGAUCUCCACUUCGGGACGAGCGUAGUAGCCACAUCAUCUCGGCGGCAUCAGCCUCCUCCUCCUCCUCCUCCUCCUCUCCUUUAUCUUCCUCCUCCUCCUCCUCCUCCCCGUUAUCUUCCUCCUCCUCUUCGACGACGACUACGACGACCUCGAAGGAUCUUCUCCACCCAGCCUACAGGGUCUUCUAUCAGACUGGGAAGACAGAGGAGGAACUGCCCGUGUGUUCACCCUGGACAGUCUGCAACAAAAUUGACACCUACGAUACCCCGAGAACCGAGCGCCAGUGUCGAUGCCCCGGAAGCCAAACUUGCAGCUCCGCGCUGCUGCCCUCAGAUGGGCAUACCAUCACAGACAAGACCAGGCAUUUCAAGAUCUGCGAAUCCACCAAGAAGCUCCCGAAAUGCCGGUAUUUCCGAGACGUGACCUGGACUUUCAUCACGUACCCCAACAACGCCACGCAGCAGAUCAUGCACUGCGUAUGCCCCAAGAACUCGGUGGCGUACAUCAUCAAGCGGCAGGCAUACCAGACCAACCAGGGCAUCGGCUUCCAAUACAGCUUCGCCUGCUCGCCUCAAAGUCGCCUGAGAUGUCAGCGCAAGGAGCCCUGCAGGCUGUUCACAGUGAAAAAACGCCCCCAGUUUGAGGAGGUCAACACCAACACCCUGUGCCAGUGUCCUCACGCCCACCACUGUCCCAAACACCACAAGGACCCGGGCGUCAUUCCAGGCAAGGCCUACACCGAGGAUUCGAUACGCACCUACAGUGGGUACUGUAUGUGAGCGGCCAAAGCAGCCUCACCAAGUUCCUGGAGCAAGUUUCUUCCACUGAAAGCAUCAUCGCUAAGAGCCGAAUCUUCCUCCUCCUUACUGCGCAUGUGCCACCUUUUUUCUCUCCAGUAUACGAUAUACCUGUCUACUGACUGCGUCAUCUAGCAUUCUGCCUCGCAGAGUCAGACUUCAGUGCUGGUGUCUACUUAGUUUUUGCCAUUGGCUGCUGACGGUGAAAGAGGACGAAAACUCCCCUUUUUCUUCACCUUCUUUUUUUCUUUUGUUUGAAGAGUGUGGCGUGAGGAAACCUUCGGAAUAGUAGAAGAAAAAAUUGGAAGCAAAGGACGAUCAUUCGACGACAUUUCUGUUCUGAGUCGCUCGUUGAUUCAGAAAAGGCUUCCUCGGCCAUUCGCUACAGUACCUGAAUUACUACGGACACGACUUGAACAAGCCAAGCUUUACGAGACGUCUUUCAUUCAUUCAUUCAUUCAAGUCCGAAACUUCAGCCAUUUUCCAGUGUCGAGAGAUGCAACGCGAGAAAAAAAAAAAUCUCCCUCCCACCUCCCCCCCCCCACCCCCCUUUUUUUCUUAUCCACGAAGUGUUUCCCUCUCGUGGGGGCAAUCUCGUGUGUGACACGGGCUGCUGCUGCUGCUUGCUCUUGGCGGUCUUGUUGUUAACAAGCUGAAGGCACAGACAGACAGACAGACAAGACUGACUCCCAGAACCGCCGUGCAUUCCGAUCGGUCUUUGGGUCAACUCGUAGAAAUGUUAUUUUAUUUGACAAUUUUAUUUUAUUUUGUAGAUGUUUCUUUUUUUUAGCAGUAAUGUAUAUACUCUUUUAUUUUGCCAUAUUUCUAGUGUAACCACAGAACUGCACUAUAUAUAUAUA